AUCAUGUGUAAUUAUCCACCCCACCCCACCCCUCUCCACCCAAAAAAUGUGAAUAUAUAUAAGAGUAUUGAAGUGUCAUCUAAAAGUUCAAAGAUGUUAGAAUUUUUUUUGGUGGAAUGAAAAAAUUUAUUCAUCUCCAAAACAAGUACAACGAAAGGGAAUACAAUGAAAGAAAACAAUGAAGUAGCUCACUCUAACUUCUACCUAUAUAAAGAACGGUACAUGUAUAUAUAUUCCUACCCCCUAUCUGUCUAUCUAUAUAUAUCUUCUAGCCAUCUUCUAUCCUUGCCCUUAUUCUCACAUCAUUCGAACUUUGCAUUCUUCUUUGAUUUGCUCACAUACUCUGUGCGGUCUAGGGAUUGAACUCUACCAUAAGGCUUCAUUCCUCCCUUUCCACACAUGAUAGGUAGUCGUUGCCAAGGCUGCAAAAGCAAAUUCUCUACUUAGCUCGCCUCCCAUUUUCCUUGCUACUCUUCUUCAUAGGAGCUGUCCUUCAACGUUUGUAAUUCUGACCUUUAGUCACUGUAGUAUUGUAGUUAUGCAUCUUCUUGAGAAUUGGCAGUCAUAGAAUAAAUGUUCAAUAGUCUCUAAUGCAUUAACACAUAUGCCUCUACGCACCAACCUGUCCUUUGUAAGUAGCUUUUUCUGCAUAGUCAACCAGCAUAUAAAGCUAUGUUUUGGCAUGUUUUGUUUGCUCCAGACUCAUCUUCCUGAUUGGCAAUUGUCCAGAGUUCCCUUCAACCGUGCAUAUCCUUUUUGGAUUGUAUACUUCCCUGUAGCUGACUGCCAUCCCUCAUGAACAUAGCCUCCUGCCAGUUUAUCUCUAACAUGACAAUUUUUCUUCCAGUUAUAGCUACUAUCCAUUGCUACAUUGUAUUGCCACCAAUCCACAUUUUUGAGGUAGAUAUGGUUAAUCCACUUAACCCAUAGUGAGUCAGUCUUAUGAAUUAUAUCCCAAAUAUAUUUCCCAAUAGUUGCCUCAUUCCAUGCUACACAAUCCCUUAUACUUAUUCCUCCUUCUUGUUUUGGUCGACACACAAAAGAUGUUAGAAUUAGGUCACAUUUUUAAUAACUUAAGGCUCGUUCGAUACGAGGGAUGAAAGAUAAUUAAUCCCGGGAUAAAAUUUGAGAGAUGAGUUUAUCUCAUAGUUGGUCGGGAUAAAAUCACGAUAUAACUAAUAUCCCGGAUUAGUUAUCCCGAGAUUGUAGUGUUAUUUUUAUCCCUAUAAGAGAAUGGGAUAACAAUCCUUGGGAUAAUUAAUCCUGGGAUAAAUUGUUUCUCAACCAAACGACUCCUUAAUGUCUUAACAUGACACCUCACGUGUGGGGCAUGUCAGAUUUUAUGGUUCUAACACGUAGAAUUUAUUUUUUUGGGUGGUAGUGAACUUCGAAGAUAAAACAUCUUAUCUACUCUAAUAUCACGUUAAAAUAAGGCUUAUAAUUAACUUGUUUAAAAUUUAAAAUCGAAGGACUUUACCAUCGAUACCACUUCAUCCACACCGGGCCGAUGUGAACACGUGUCCCGAUACAUUAAUGUCAUGACCAACAUGGAGACGGUAAAGACAGACUGCCAAUGGAACGAGGUAGUGAAGGCGGAGAUUCCCAGCCCUGAUGAAAAUAUAACGGAUCACAAGGCUGGCUUCCUUCAUGGGUAUACUUACCCGUUCACUUUGGGUCCUAUCGAUUCCUCUAAAUCCUCUCCCCUGGAGAUAGAUCCGGUUAUCCUUGAUUUUUGUGACAAAUAUCAAGUGACGCUCGGUCAAAUAUAUCCUUAUUUAUGGAGGAUAGUCUUGAUGCUUCGCCAUUUCACCGAAGGGGUUGCGGGCGAGACCUUUACCCUCAACCAUUUGAUUAGGUUGUAUAGCCCUCGAUUUUAUCGAGGUUUGAUCAGGCUUCACCACCGAUCCAAAAAAUUAUUUUUAUCGAGCACUGACGAGGGAAAGGAUCGAGGAUGGAUGAGUAGGUUCAUCCGGGUGAGGAACUCGAACAUCAUUCCGACCGGGAGGAUGCCUUUCCCUGAGAAGUGGAACACACAGCCCACCGCUUGGUACCCCGAAGCGGUUUCGAAUUUACUGGGGUGGAUCAAACUGUUGGACACUGCGUUCCCGUAUCUUGUUCGGUCUUGGUCCGACCUGGCUAAGGAGCGAUGGGUGGCCAAGAAUCAUGGCCUUGGCGAGAAUAUGCUAAUGAGGUCGCCCCCUGAUGGCGAGAUGGAGGCUUCGGAGCCCGGCAAAGGCAAGAAGAGGAAAGCUAAGGCGGCUGCCGAUCCUUCCAUGGCAAAGAAACCCAAGUCACUUGAGCAUCGAGCCGUUACUAGGACCUCGGCUUCAACUUCCAGAGCAAGUCCCGGUGCUGAGGAUGAGGAUGAUGAUGAUGAUAACGAGUGCCGGUUGGCACAGAGGACAAGGUCGAGAGCGGGAGCCUCGCAGGUUCCUCGACCGGAGGCUGCUGAAUCGAGAACGACCGGCUCAGGUUUUCAGUUCUCGUCAGGGGAACUAAGGGAUGCUCAAGAUGUGAACGCCGCCAAAGUCGGGGGUCCUUUCAAGGGGGAGGCACGCCUGGACAUAUUCUUGACGAUGUUAGCGGGAACGUCGAUCUUGACGCUCCUGGCUCUGUCAAGGCAGCGGAGAGGUUCAUGUAGCAGUGUAAGGAGAUGUAUGAUCAUUCCUUUUCCAGGCUUAACGAGGAGCUUUCAUGCCGCGAAAAGGAGCUUGAGAGGCUGUCCCUGAGACUGCGAGAGUCGGAGGCCCGUUCCGCCCGAAAGGAGAAAGAGUCAGGCGAGCUCCGGGCUACUUUGGAGGGAGCACUCCGAGAAAAGGCCGCCCUUGUCGAGCAAGUAUUUUGUUAUGCAUGAGUCUUUCAUUUGCUCCCAUAAUUCAAUACUGACUGGUUUACUUUUCCCUUCGUAGAUCGAUCAAAGGGAUUCGCUGAUUGGGCAAAAGGAUGUGGAGAUCCUCAGGCUAAAGGAACAAAACGAGGUGGCUGCCUCGGAGUUGGCAUCGACCCACGAUCUUCUCCAAAAUGCUCGAAAGGAGGUUGUUGCGCUGACUACGGCCAAGUCCGAGAUCGAAGGGAAGGUUGCCACUUAACUACAGGACGCAGCCACAACGAAUCAAAUAGCCCGUAAGAUAUUGAUAGGGGAUGUGCAAAAACUGGCACAGGCUAUCGAGCAUGCUAGAGCGAAGGCGAUGAGGGAAGACUUGGAGGGGGUCGGAACCAGAGGUGUCGAUCUUUCGACCGAGAUUGAGGAAGCCCGAGAAUUAGAGAGAAAGUCGGUGUUUUUUAUCAUCCCAGACUUUGAUCCUGGAGAUGGUUCGGAGGAUAGUGGCGAUGAAGAGUAGGCCUUGUGUCGCUUUUCCCCCUUUUUUCUUUUUCUUUCUGUGCAUGUACUCCCAAGGGAGUGAGUCUUGUAAAGACGUCUCUUGUAAAUAUAUUUUGGCAAUGAAAAAAGGGUUUUUCUGCCC